AUGGGAAAGAGGGAGCAGGUGACACCACUGGACCAGUCAGUGCUGGACAUGGCCCUGCACAGCAAUAAAAGCUGGCAGGACUUGGGUGCCUAUGAGACCAUCAGCAAAGCACAGGCUGCAGAUGGAGAAAGUUUAGCCAUGCACUUUGACUUGCUGAAGAGCUUGCUGCUGGUUCAGCCUGAAGGCCAGCUUCUGCUGACCCAGGUGAGAGCUUCAAUCCUGAAGGCGGUGAGCUUGGAACCUGAGUUGAACAAAACCAGCUUGAAGAAUCUACUCUGGGCUGGAAGCAGGUUUGACAGGAUCUCUACCAUGCUCUACCACUUGAGGAGGGCAAAGAACAACACAGAGAAGUGCCAGCAGCUGGUUGCCAAGUCAUCAUCUGGUUCACUUGCCAAAGUGAAGUCCCUCAUUGCCAUGCUGACCAGUGAGGCAGGGCCAGCUGAGGGUGAGGUAGGGCUUGCUGAGGAUGAGCCAUGCCCUGCUCAGGGUUUGCAAGAAGAUCUCCAAAGUGAAGCACCACACACCCCAGUGCCUGCAAGCAAGCAGCAAGGCCAAGGCGCAGAGGAAAAAGAGCCAUGCUCCUCGAGCUCCUCAAGCCGCAAAAGCCCAAAGCUAAAGACAAAGAAGCAGCCAGAGCAUGGCAAGAAGAGCCCUUUCCACUACAGAAAGGAGUACUACAAGAAUGGCAACAAGUUUGGUGUUAAGAAGUUUAACAAUGGGAAGUGCGUGGGCCAGAUUUUUGCUUUUGGGCACAAGGAAAUCCACAAGGUGGAAUUGGAUGCCUUGGCAUCCAAAGUCCUACACGAUCUUCAUUUGAGGCCAGGGGACACGGCCAAAGAAGAGGAGAUCAUGCUCCUGGCCAAGCACAAAGUUUGGAAGAUGCUGAAGAAUAAGCAUGAUUAG